UGAUCAUUCAUAAAUUCCAUUUUUAAAUCUCAUAGGCCCAACAUGUAUUUGGGUGAGGGAUUUUUUUUUUUUUUUUUGUGUUUCUUUUUUUCAAUCGAAGUCAAUAUCAGAGUUAAAAAAAGAGGAAUGUCUGAUGCAUAGGGUUGAGGGUCGACAUUUUAUUAUUUAUUUUACCUUUUAACUAAUUUUGCCCAUUUUUAUUAGGUCCGUUCUUGUUUCUUUCAUGCUGUCAGUUAGUGUGAUUUUAAUAACUUGCUUUGUUGCUACUCUGUAUUUUUUUUUUUUUUUUUUAAGUUAUAUUAUCAAAAAUUAUUUCAUAAAAUCAUUUUAAUUCGUUUUCUAGUUUUACUUUUAUAGUUACAGACGGAACUUUUCGGCCGGUUCCGAAUUAAUCCGGAAAUUUUAUGAAUACACAUGAAGAUUUCGUUUCGAGUUGCCGUACUGUUGCGAAACAGCCUCACUAAAGACCUGAAGUAUCGCCCAACGUUCAAAAUGCCACCGCCAGAUCGAUGGGAAAAGUACACACCACUCGGGUGUGUCAUAGCUGGGACCAGUGUGUUUGCCUGCAAGGUACCAUUAAAAGAAAAUUUAUGUCAGAAUUUGGAUACAUCUCUGAGAUUCACUCCACGAGACCUGAUGUCCAUGAUAGCUGACCGAGGACACAAACUGGGAAUGCUGGUUGAUCUGACCUACACAAAUAAAUAUUAUGAUGGAGCAGUUUUCAAGAAAAAUUCCAUAAAGCAUUUGAAGAUAAUGACAGCUGGCCAUAACAUUCCUGAUGAUGAUGUAUACUGCACAUUUGCUGAUUGUAUAAGUGACUUCCUCGAUGAUCCAGAACAUAGAGAUAGCUUGGUUGGUGUGCAUUGUACACAUGGUGUUAACAGAACUGGAUACCUUAUAUGCAGGUAUAUGAUAGAGAAAUUAAACAUACAACCAGAGGAUGCCAUAUCGGCUUUUGGGGCAGCAAGAGGACAUCCCAUUGAGCGUGAAAACUAUUUAAAUGAUUUAAGAGAAAGAGCUGCAGGACAUGUCACACCAUAUCCCAAGGGCUAUAAGAAAAACGAAAACAAGUACAGCAAUGUCGAGAAGCCACCCAGUCAGCAAACCAUGAAAUCAGUACAUGGCAACAAGCGUAACAUGUCAACAUGUUCCAACCAUUACGGAAUGUACGAUUCCCAAGAAUCGUUUAGAAGGAAUAACACACCCAGAUCACAUUCUGAAUAUGGAUUUAAUAACUACCAUAAUAACCAGUUUCCUCCACACUUCAGUGACUAUUCAUUCGGGUAUGGCCAUAGACCGAUUGAAAACAUUAAUCACGGGAUGAAUGGUUUUGUAGACCAGGGAGUAUAUUACAGUCAUCAGGUUGAUACAGGCAGUUACACAGAACAGGGAAGAAGAGGUGGGCAACCUUAUCCUGAUAGGAGGAUGAAUUUUCAUUCAGAUCAGAAUGCGGCCCACAGUCCUCCAUUUAGUAAGCCGUACGAUCCAUCGUAUUAUAGAAGAGGUGCUCCGUCAUAUCAAGACACUCAGUGUGGUCGUAUAGCCAAUUUUGAUUCGGGUUAUGCUUCGUCUUACAGACAUGAACAUAAAGGGCCAUAUGGAACAGGUAACCAUGCUCACUCGGGUCACAGAAAUAAAGUUUAUCGUUGAAACCAACCAACAGCAAAUGUCAAUUCCAGGCAGUCUCGGAAACACAAACCACGUCAUUAGUUGUGCACAUUGUGAUCCGUCGGACCAUGUCAGCAAGUAAUAUGUGAAACACAGCAGGUGGAUGUGAAAGUUGACAGCAACCAAUUAUGAGGGUGACUGUUAUGUGAAUGUUCAGGAUGUUGGUCACUUGAUUUACAAGUCAGUUUUAUGGCACAUAUUUUAAGUGUAUUUUUGUAUUUAUGUUCUAUAUUGUCUGGCUCAGACAAAUUGAAUUCCAAGUUGUACAUAUCUUCAAGAACCAAAUAACUACAUGCCCAUAUGUGAUGAAUGCAUCUGCACCCUCCAUCUUUUUCCCCCCAGUGGGAGGAAAUUGUUUUUAAAAAUCCUCAAAUUAGGUCCACUUUAAAAAUAAAGAUUCAUUUUUACUAUGGUAAUUAAAAAAUAUAUAGAUUCAGAGCAGAAACUUUAUUAGUGGUACCUUGCUGUAGAGCAGCAUUAGAUUUAUUGUUGAUUUUAGUUUUUUAAUCUUGUAAAAGUUAAUUAUUGUACAUAACAUUGAAUAGAUGAUUCCUGCUUUUUUGUAAACCAUUAACUUUAAAAAAAAUAAAUUGAGCACUUGAUAUUUUUAAAUGGUAAAUUAUAUAAUAGUGCGAUUAAUAUUAGAUAAUUUCACCUUAUUAAUGUCACUAGUAUAUAUUGUCUUCCCUUCCCUUCCCACCCCCAAAUCCUCAAUACAGGGGUUUCCCCAGGGGCAUAUGGUGUAGCAGGCCACUACACCUUAGGUAUGUAAGUAAGUGCUUUGACGUCGUGUAAGCACCUUAAAUCAAAUUAUGCAUAAAUUGGCCAUGUGUAACAAUCGACUGGGGGUUGUAACAACUUUUGAAACUUAACAUACACAGGUAUUCACACCUCUAAUAGGUGAAACAUGUCCUUAUAUUAAUACCUAGUUAGGUGCAAGGCUCUCAAUGCCCUUUCCUUUGACGACUGUCAAUUGCUAAUUGUCACAGACAACGAAGCUGGCAUGCUUCAGUGUGGCAUCGUCUUGUCUUCCCCUCCACUCCCUUCGAGUACAAUUACUAGAUUUGCAUAGUGAUGCUCCGAGAUCAAAAUAGCCUAGCUCAUGAUUUUUAUUACAGUGAAUUUUAUAAAUUCCUGCCCUGGAUUGAAACACGCUUUUUGAGAAAUAAGACAUCGUUUUGGUUUGGUUUUGGACAUGAACAUCAAAGAAACACUGCAAACAUCAAUUGUUUUGUUUUUUUACUGUUAACUUGCUUUGAAAAGAUCUUGUGAUCUCACUGGUGCUUAUUUUAUGUUCUACAUGGUCUUUUAUUGUUUAUCACUGUUCUUAUUACAGAAGAUUUGACCUUUUGCAAAAAAUGUGUUAUAUAUAUAUAUAUAGCAAACAUGCAUUUUUAAUAUUCCUUUGUGAUGGUGAUUGGGGGGGGGGGGCUUGUUUCCAAAUAAGGGUCUAUUUUCUUAAUCACCAUGAAAAUGGAAAGGUGGUCUGAUUCAAUAACAUGUGCCUAAUAAUAAAUGUGGAUCUACAAAAUUUGUUUCAGUAUUUUAUCCAGGUGACUAAAAUAAACUAAAGUAUACGACACUUCUGACAAUUUCGGGUUUUUGUUGGUCAGUCAAAUUGUGUUUUUUGUGAGGGUUUUUAACGACACCAUUAGAGCACAUUGAUUAAUUAAUCACCGACUGUUAGAUGUCAAAAAUUUGGUAAUCUGACUCGUAGUCAUCGGAGGAAUCCCGCUACAUUUUUUCUAAUGCAGAAAGGGAUCUUAUAUAUGCAUUUUCCCACAGACAGGAAAGCACAUACCACGGCCUUUGUCCAGUUGUGGUGCACUGUUUUGAAUGAGAAAAACAGUCAGAUAAGGGACACUUUUUCAGCCAAACUCUAUUAACUAAGAUUUUACCUUGUAAUAUCAUUUAUUAUGGAGUUUAUUUAUAUAGUGCCUUGAGCUAUGUACUGUACAACCUAUUGCCAUAUGGCAGUUUUCAAAAGUUUGUUAAUUUUAAAAUCAAGCAACCAAUGUACUCUGCAAAACAGAAUUCUACAGAGAGAAUUAAAAAAAAAAAACCCAUCAUAAUAAUAAAAGUGUGUGUAAUACCAUAAACAAUUAUGGUACCGACAAGACUGAUAUUUGUUUUAUGGACUAAAUUGGGUUUUUUGACAUUUUGGUGCUCCUUAAAACAUAUCAGUCUUGUCACAGUGCCAUAAUUAGUUUAAUAAUAAAAAAACACAUAUUAUAUGCACUAUGGAAUAUAACAAGCACUAGUCUUUUGCAGUAUUACAUCAUAUGUGUAACAAAAAAGAUGCUACAAUUUUCAAAUGUAGUCGAACUGACCGACAGCACUUGUUGUUUGAUGUCAAUUCCAAAGCAAUUCCCCAUUUUAGACCAGAAGAGUGCAAUAUCAUGAUUUAUCGGUUCACAAAACUACAGAGCAGUGCAUUGACCAGUCAGAAGCUAUGCAUAACAUUCAUGGUGUAAUAAAGAGAUUAUUAAAUGAGCAUGUGUGCCAUACUGAUUUUACGGAACGAGUGUCACGAUUCUUGUAUUGCAAGAGCAAGGGUAAUACAUGAAUUUUCUUCCCUCUUAUUCGCUAUUUUCUCUGUUCUCGUUUAAAUCUCGGAUCAUAAAAAUAUAUAGUUACAUUAUAGAUCACUAUCCAUGUCCAACUGUAUGCAUGUGUUGAAUUUUAGUCUGAAUCAGUUUCUGUCAGUUUUUUUAUUUUUAACAUAUUUUGUUGUUGCUUAGAACAUGGAUAUAUAUGUAAAGCAGUGAUUUGGGGCUCCCAACCCUGACACUGCUAUAUGAUUUGGGACAAUAAAUAUUUAUUUAAAAAAUAAUAAAAUCUUUUUUUUUUUAAAACACCAUGAAUCCUGACAUGAGUUAUAUAAAAUCAGUAUGACUCACACGCGAGUGUAAUAAUUUCUUUAUUAUCCACUUUUAUAUUUUUUUCAUGAAUAACACUGCCCGUCUUAAAAGUCUUUCAACCACAAUUAAAGCGCAGACCAAAUUGUUAACAACUACAAUGAAUUACUCUCCUACCUUUAAUUACUGUUAGGUUUCCCCAAAAUUUUGUCCAGACACAAGUUGUGAAAAAAACUAUUACAGUGACACAGACUCCACAUAUGAGACUGUAACGAUGUCACCAGUAUCGACUUAGCUGAGAUCGCAUAGGGCAAAAUACAUGCAGUUUUCUGCCAUCUUGUCAUUUUACUCUUUUUUUUUAUGGAAUACUCUUCAAAAUUAUAUGCUUUUUGCUCUAUGCGAUCUCAGUGAAUUCGAAUUAGGUGACAUAGUUAUCAUUUAGUAUGUGGAAUCUGUGUCAUUGUAAUGUUGUUGUUUUUUUCAAGAUUUCUAUCUGGACAAAAUGUGGGUAAAAUCUAACGAAAAAUAAAGGUUCAGACUUUAGGAGAUGACGAAAUGACAUCAUAUUUCACACGCAGUCAUUACACUUAUUACACAUGCUUCAUAUGAUUUUUAUUAACUCAGUUGUGUUGAACCAUGUGGAUAAUAAAUAUAAAUAUAUA